AUGGCAUCGCCCUCAGUAACGCCGCAGAGGCGCGCACGAGUGGAUGGCCCAGAUACCUCCGACUCCGAAGGCGGCGCCAACGCGCAGAGCAACAAGAGACGUAGGCUCAGUGAUGAUGGCGCGAGCGGUAGCGAAGACGAAGAGGUAUUUCACCUUCCUGCGUCUGUCUUGACAACAGACGGCUAAUAAUUUGUAGCGCCCAGUGCUGCCUAACAGCUUUCGUCGCUCGCCGAAGGGCAAAGGACGUGCCCGCGACGCGCAAGAACACCACCCAGGCUCCAUCGUACGGGUGACUCUUACAGAUUUCGUCACGUACACCAACGCCGAAUUUCGCCCCGGACCCAAUCUCAACAUGGUCAUUGGACCUAACGGUACCGGAAAGAGCACUCUAGUCUGUGCCAUCUGCAUUGGACUCGGCUGGAGCACAUCUCACCUUGGUCGCGCAAAGGACAUCGCAGAGUUCGUCAAGCACGGCAAGAAGUCAGCAACUAUCGAGAUCGAGCUCAAGGGCGACCCUGCGCGCCACUCCAAGAACCCUGUCAUCAUGCACAAGAUCAACCGCGACGGGAGCGCCAAGUCUGGGACUAGCAAGUCUGUCUACCUGAUCGACGGCAAAAAGAGCAACAACAAGGCGGUGCAGGAGCUCGCAAGGAGCUUCUACAUCCAGGUAGACAACCUCUGCCAGUUUCUGCCACAGGAUCGUGUGGUUGAGUUUGCCGCUCUGUCGCCUGUGGACUUGCUGAAGGAGACUCAAAGAGCUGCCGCACCCGAGCAUAUGUCUCAGUGGCACGAUGAGCUUAAGACGAUGGGCAAGGGUCAGAGGAAGGCGCUUGAAGACCAACAAGCUCUGAUCGACGAUCUGAAGAGCAAAGAAGGUCGCCAGAAGUCUCAGGAAGAGCUUGUUAGCCGUCUGAGAGAACGCAACGCGCUACAGAAGAAGGUCCAGAUGCUCGAAAAGCUAAAGCCGUUUGCAGUCUACCAAGAAAAGUUGAACGAAUAUCGGGAGGCGAGGCAGAAAAGGAAGCAAGCAGACGAAGAUCUCAGAGCGCUACAGAAGAAGGUGCAGCCCAACAUGGCCAAGAUCAACUCAAAGAAGCAAUAUCUGAGUCAACUUCAGGACGUCGUAAAAGCUCGCCAGAGACUCCUGAUAAGAACUGAAAAUGACGCCGAGAGAAAACGGACAUUGUGCGAGGACACUGCAAACAAGGUCGAGGAAUGUAACAGCAAGCUGGAGGCCGAUAAGCAAAAUGGGAGGGCAACAAAGAACACGGUCAAUCAGAUUCGACACCAGAUUCGCGACAUCGAAAGAGCACAGAGGAACCCCCCGCCGGAUUUCGAUUCCGUCAAGAUGAACGAAGAAAUAAGAGCGAAGACCUUGCGAAUCCGCGAAAUCGAGAACGAAAUGAACGAUCGCCAACAAGAAAUGGAAAGCAUGAAGCUACAAGUACAUCAACGUAGCACCGCGAUGACAGAGCUUCAAGCAAAGAGGCAGGAUCUCGAAUCUCAGGCUGGCAGGCAAAGGAGCAAGCUUCAUAAAAUCUCACCGGAUACCGCAACGGCCUGGGAGUGGAUCGAAUCAAACAGGGCUAAGUUUGCGGGCGAGGUGUAUGGCCCUGCAGUAAUCACCUGCUCAGUCAAAAACCCCCGUCACGCAAGCGUAGUUGAAAGUGUCUUGGGACAAUCCGAACUCCUUGCUUUUACUGUCACUUCACCCCAAGAUUUCACCAUGCUUCAAAGGGAGCUUUAUACCAACCAGAAGCUUUCAAGUAUCAACAUUCGAUCGAUUUCAAGGCAACUGGAGCAGUGGCAACCCCCUUGCGACAAGGCAGAGUUAGAGCGACUGGGAGGAGAGUCUUGGGUGUUAGACCUAAUUGAAGGACCUCCGGAUGUGCUUGCUAUGCUCUGCGAUAACAGCAAUGUUCAUGCCACUGGUUGGACUUCCCACGACCUCGACAGCCGUCAAUGGGAGCGUCUGCAAGGCAGCGCCAUCACAAGUUUUGUCACUCCUCAAAACCGCUACCAAAUAAUACGCCGUCGAGAAUAUGGUGCUGCAGGCACCAGCACCAGAGUCACUCCAGUCAAGCCCGCACGGCUUCUGACCGACGCGCCAGUAGAUUUACAGCAAGAGCAAGAACACGAGCAACGCAUGAUAGAGAUGAAGGGAGAAGUUGCCGAGCUCAGAAAAGAAGUCGCAGGCGUCGCCGCUCGUUACCAGACCCUGGAGGGAGAGCGGGGUCAGCUCAGCCGCGAGAAGAACGACAUUGAGAAAGAUAAACAGGUAAAGCAGAAGCAGCUUUCCGAGUUCAAUGGCCUCUCAACGAAGCUUCAGAAUGCUCAAAGCAAGGUGAAUGAUGCCAUGGCUAUGCGCAAGGAGCAGAGCGCUCGGCGAAUGAACAUCAUCAAUGAGCAGGAUCAACUUUGUCAGGAGAGAGGCCAACAAGCUCUUGAUUAUGCCAGAGCCGUAGACACUCUGAGGAGCCUGCACUUGCAAGUCCUCGAAGCCGAGAUAAUGCAGAUUGAGGCCAAGUCAGACCUGGAGCAGCUGGAAGCCAACAACGCCGAGGAUGUGCACCAGCUCAAUUUAACGCAGACUGAAGCUCGCGAAUUGAAAGCCACGGAAGCUCAAUUGGCGGAGCGUGCACAGGAGACGCUGGAGCUUGCAGAGGCUCUCGAUGAAGAGCUCCAGCCUGAGGAGAAAGUGCUCUAUCAAGAACUCAUGCGGCCGGCUCCGGAGGAAUUCAUCCCCGAAAAGCUGGAUAUGGAGAUUCAGUCGGUUCAAGCGACGCUUGACAUGCUGCACGGCGGCAACGAAAACGUCAUCAAAGAGUUUGAGCAACGCGCUCAAAGAAUCGAAGAGCUACGACAGAAACUGGUCAGGCUGGAGGAGGACUUGAGCGGUCUGAGUGCAAAGAUCACAGAGCUUCGUGGGAGGUGGGAGCCAGAGCUGGAGGAAGUUGUCAAGAACAUUUCAGAUGCAUUCUCGGAAAACUUCCACCGCAUUCAAUGCGCUGGCGAGGUCGGCAUUUACAAGGAUGACGAUUAUGACCAAUGGGCGAUCCAGAUCAAGGUCAAGUUCAGGUAAGCAGGCAUUCCCUCUGGCCCAAGUCUUGACAGUGUGCAGGCUAAUACGUCUUUGCAGGGAGAACGAACCGCUCAGUCUUCUCGACUCGCAUCGUCAGUCUGGUGGCGAGCGUGCGGUGUCCACCAUCUUCUACCUCAUGGCCCUACAGAGCCUGGCAAGAGCACCUUUUCGGGUUGUCGACGAAAUCAACCAGGGCAUGGAUCCACGCAAUGAGAGGUGAGGUCUCAAGGAUUGAAGCGUGAAGACUCGCAGUGCUGAUACUUCCCGCAGAUUGGUGCAUUCCCGCAUGGUCGAGAUUGCUUGCGCCGAGCAUACGAGCCAGUACUUCCUCAUUACGCCCAAGCUGCUCAACAAUCUCACCUACCAUGAGAACAUGAAGGUGCACUGCAUUGCGUCGGGCGAAUACAUGCCAGACGACCAUCAACGGCUGAACUUUGAACAUCUGGCACAGCAAGCGCUUGCACUCCGGGCUGCUCAGUGA